UCACCAACCUUGCCGUUCAGCUAAACAACCGAACAUCACAACCAGCCCCAAACCCAAAAGGGCUUUGAGUAGCCUUGAGCUCGAGGUUGCUGCAGAAAUAUUCAAUUGAAAAAUUCGAUCUGCAAUAAGAUACACCCUGACAUAAGCUCAACAAUGGAUCCGCUAGAAGAAGCGCCGUGGGCUGACGCGGCUACGACCAGCACCAGCCAGUCGUCAUCCCAGCAGCACCAGGACGACAAUACCGCUACUUCAAAGCCAUCAGAAAGCAGUGAAGGUGGCUCCAGCUCCUUAUCUGCUGGCACCGGAGGCCCGCGACCGUCUAGACUCACACCCCGUCGGCUCGUCGCCCAGCCCACCCGCCUGCAAGCUGUCGAGGAUGACCCGCUCGGCCCUCUCGGAGCACCGCCCUCAACCGGCGCGACCACUCCGGGCGCGGCUCCGCUAUCGGAGAACCUGUCGCCCACCGGCGGCUCCUCUGACACAGGUCCGCCUGCACCACCCAAGGAGCACUCGCUCGCGAUACGGCCCGGUGGAGGUGCGCAGCAACGUAGGGGAGGGCCUCCAGACCCGCACCGGAUCGACGACGACGAUGAUGACGACCGGCUGUUUGAUACCACCAACCGUGGGCCGAGGGUGCCGCCACCUGUCGCGCCGGCGCCGCAGGGUCCUGGAGGGGCGGCAAGGCCCGGCGGGGUGGCGCAGAGCGUGAGCAUCGAGCAGGCGGCCAAACCGACUUUUUGGAUCACGGUUGGCGACCCGCACAAGGUUGGAGAUCUGACUAGUUCGCAUAUCGUUUAUUCCGUGAGAACAAAGACAACAUCAAAGGGCUACAAGCAACCCGAGUUCGAGGUCAAGAGACGAUACCGGGACUUCCUGUGGCUGUACAACACGCUCCAUGGAAACAAUCCCGGUGUCGUGGUUCCGCCGCCGCCUGAGAAGCAGGCCGUGGGACGUUUUGAAAGCAACUUUGUUGAGUCUCGAAGGCAAGCACUGGAGAAGAUGCUCAACAAGAUAGCGGUGCAUCCGACACUGCAGCAUGACCCUGACUUGAAGCUGUUCCUGGAGAGCGAGUCGUUCAAUGUCGAUAUCAAGCACAAGGAACGGAGAGAGCCUCUCAACAUGGUUGGCGGCGAGAGCAAGGGCAUGUUCAGCAGUCUAGGCAUUGGAGGUAGCACGAACAAGUUUGUUGAACAGGACGAUUGGUUCCACGAGCGACGGGUUUACCUCGACGCGAUGGAAAAUCAGCUCAAAGCCCUGCUCAAGGCGAUGGAGACUAUGGUCGGCCAACGCAAGGCAAUGGCCGAGGCUGCAGGUGACUUUUCGGCAUCCCUUCAUGCCUUGUCUACGGUGGAGCUUUCCCCGGCAUUAUCAGGCCCCUUGGACGCUCUUUCAGAGCUCCAAACAACGAUUCAAGACGUAUACGACCGUCAAGCCCAGCAGGACGUUCUUACAUUUGGAAUCGUCAUCGAGGAAUAUCUCAGGCUCAUCGGUAGCGUCAAACAGGCUUUUGCGCAGCGGCAAAAGGCUUUUUACGCAUGGCACGGCGCGGAAACGGAGCUUAAUAAGCGGCGGGCCGCGCAGGACAAGCUGUUGCGUCAGGGGCGAUCGCAGCAGGAUAGGCUCAACCAUGUGGGUGCCGAGGUCGCCGAUGCUGAACGCAAGGUCCACCAAGCACGGCUGCUGUUUGAUGACAUGGGCAAAUUGAUGCGUACUGAGCUGGACAGGUUUGAGAGGGAGAAGGUGGAAGAUUUCAAGAGCGGCGUGGAGACCUUUUUGGAGAGCGCUAUUGAGGCGCAGAAAGAGCUGAUCGAGAAGUGGGAGACCUUUCUCAUGCAGCUGGAUGCCGACGACGAUGAAGCGGCGUUCUACAAGCCACCUGUCUUGGCUUCGGCUGAUAACGGUGGCGGUAACAACAAGCCGGCCGGACAAACGGCUGUGGACAGGGCGCGUGCAAGGAUUGACGAAGACUCGGAUUAGGUCUUGGUAAAGUCAUAUCUUGCUGGUUUGCUCUGAAGUGGUUGACUUUUGAAUACGGGUCACUACGAAACUUUCGACAGAGAUCUUGUCGUCGCUUGUUAAUGGUUGUUUACCCAUGGUGACUUUAUUAAUCGAUGCAGAGUAACGGGAGUUCAGAAAAGUGCUGUACUGUUCAAAGCAUAUAUACCUCCGCAUCAUAUACAGGAGAUUUCUCGGUCAAGAUGACAACCAGUGCAAAGUGAUGAAAAAAAAGGUGUUUCCUUGAUAUUAUCAUACAACAGCCACAAUCUCGACUGUAGAUUCUUGAUGGUACAAAUGGGUACAGUGGUCGGGGGCCACGAGAUGCCGCCGUGAUCGGACGUCAGCAUUGCAAUCCUCCAUAACUCCCAUGUAUCGAAAGGAAAGAAAACAAUCCUCCGCGAACCCCCUUUAUUUCUUGCCCUUCUUCUUUCCUGCCUUUUCCGCCUUGGCGGCCUCCUUUGCAUUCAUACCUGUUGCACCAGUGUCCAUACCAGCAGCCGUGGCAUAUCCUCCAAUAAGGUCGGUCAAAUCCAAGAAGUCCUCCUCGGGGGCAGCAGCAGCAGCAGCCGCAGCCUGAUUAGCAGCACCUCCGUCAGCCGCAGCCGCAGCGCGAGGGUCCUCCUUCUUGGCGGCGUCCCAGCCGCGACCGAAACGCUCUCUGAAGGCUGCCAGCUUUCCGGCCUCGUCGACCUCUACGUUGCGCAGCGACGAGUCCGAGGGCUGCCAGCGGGCGUUGUUGCGCGUGUCCUUGGCGGAGCGGUAGAUGGCGUGCGGGCUCGUGGUCCGGACCGUGUAGGUGCUGCCGUCUGACAGCUGAACCAUCUGCGUAAAUGUGUAGGGGCGCCGGGGCCGGUGGAUCAACGUCGCGUGUCGCACCUGCUGGCUGCUGCUGCUGCUGCUGCCGCCCGUCCUGCUCACGGUCUCGGUUGUCAUGUGUGCGGGCGAGAGGGUCGGUCGGGUGGCGUUGCCGGCGAGGAGUGUUGAGGCUCGCGCCGGGAGGAGGUGUGACGGAAGCUUGCCCAUGUUGGCGGUUUCUUUAGGUGUGUCUUUUUUUAUAUGGGGUGUGUCUGGUCGCCGAAGGCUUUGUAGACGUAUAUUCAGUUUGGGUGUCGGUUUUUGGGAAGAUUUCAACAGGCGUCAGAUAUAGGGCGGGCCGUCACCGCAUUGGCAUCCUGUUUUGUUGUUGAAUUUGGGGAUUCUGUGCAAGGCAAAACCUGCCAGACUCAAUGCUAGUGAUCGCGCGAAUGGCAC